AGAGAGAGAGAGAGAAAGAUUGGCAGGGACCUGACAGGUGUUCUCGUUUUUCAAGUUUCUGUGUUUCUCUAUUAGACAUAAACAGAGAACGUGGGAGAGUGGCGCACACAUGAACACACGAUGGCGGCUCCACAGGCUCUUCCUAGGAAACACUCAAACGUUAACAGCCGAAUGUUAAAAGUUUUGCCUGGAGAUGCUCAGCUUAACAACCCCCACGCCAAUGUUAAUGGAAAGAAGACAGUUCCACAUGUCAUAAAUGCACAGCGAGAAGUGGAUCUGCUGAACCACUGCUUUGCUGACGUGGAGACAUUCAUGGGCCGCUUGCAGCAGGCAGCUAAUUCUCGGACUGCUGUUGAGCAGAGCAAGAAGAAAAAAAAGGCCAAGAAGGACAACAGCAAGAAGAAGAAACAGCAGUAUGACCUGAUGGCAGAGGAGGUGCCAAGCGGUCCAUCAGAGCAGGAGUUUGUGGACAUUUUCCAGAAGAUAAAAUACUCAUUUAGUCUGCUGGGCCGCCUGAAGAACGAGAUAUCAAAGCCCAGCUCAGAGGAGCUGCUGCAUCACCUGUUCGUUCCUCUAGACCUGCUGGUGAAAACCACAGGUGGUCCUGACAUGGCAGCGGGUGUGUCAAGCCCAGCUCUGACCAGUGGGGCGGUUGGUCUUCUGCAGCAGAAUCUCAGUCAGGAGGAGAGGGAACUGUGGGAAUCUCUCGGCCCCAACUGGACCCAGUCAUAUUCGCAGCAAACGAACCCAGUGUCACCAUACACUCCAGUGUUUCUGGAUGGCUGGCAGCCUGAGGCUUGUGAUGCAAGCGGUCAGGCUUUUGAGGAUCCAGUUGAGUCGCAACACAAAUAUGAGGCCCAGCCAGAAUCUCAGCAGUUUGAUUCUACCGACGCGUUGCCUCCCAAUUCGCCAACAGAAGAAAAUGUGGAAAACCCACCUCCUUCAGAAGGGGAGCGGCUGUACCGCUGCAGUUAUGACUUUGUGGCCCGAAACAGCAGUGAGCUUUCAGUGUUGCAUGGAGAAACUCUACAGGUGCUAGAGUCGUCUAAGCGGUGGUGGAAGUGCAGAAACAAUUAUGAUCAGAUUGGCUUCGUUCCAUCUAACAUCCUGGAACCCGUCAACCACACAGAACCAGACUCUCGUGUAGUGAUGCGCCAUCCAUCCACGAGAAUUCCUCUGUCUCCGCCUGGAGGAGGACGUUUCUCGUAUGUCGUACCCAGUUCUUCAGGGGAAAUCUACAGCCACAAUGAGACACGCCCACACAGCAUGCCACCAAUAGGAGAUGAUGGAGAGAGAGUAACACUCAUGAAUAAUGAACUUGCGGAGCGACUGGCCAAUGGGAGAACACGUCCUUCGUUCGUCACCAGGACCAACGAGACUGCUUCUCUCAACUAUCACUCAGCUCCUGGAGAGGUGCAGGACUGGCUCAAGGGCAAAGGCUUCAGUGAGCACACAGUGAACAGUCUGGGAAUUCUCAGUGGAGCUCAGCUCUUCUCCCUGAAUAAAGAAGAGCUUUGUACAGUUUCUCCACAAGAGGGUGGCAGAGUUUACAGCCAGCUCACAAUACAGAAGGCACUGCUGGAGAAAGUAAACAAAGCCACAGAGCUGGAUGCUGUGAUGAAGAAACAGAAAAUGAAAGUGGAUCCGCAGAUGGAAGGAGGAGAAUUUUAAUUGAGAACACACACACAUAAAUGACAUGCUAAACAAAUGUAUAUCUUAUCUGUUAUUACAAAAAAAAACAUUAUAUUUUAAUUUCCAGAACAUCUGUUCACUGUAUAUUCACAUCAGCUUUAGCUUAAGAUCUUAGGAUGUAUGUUGUGAUCGAUGGAUUUACUGCAGUGAUUUAAAAAAAGAAAAAACACUGCCCUGCAAAUAUGCUAUUUGUUGUAACUGUUGUGCUCAGUAAAUGGACUUAUAUUGAGAAAAAAA